AGUAGUUUCUCUGGGCACCUACCGGUUUCGCCAGCUCGGCAGAAGCUGCUAUCGCGGCUGGAUGCCAGGGUCGUGUCUGGGUGAGCUGAGCAGAGAAAGGGCGCGAAGGGAAACGGUGAGUCAGGCGCAGGCUACGCGAUAAAGGGAGGCGGCACCGCGGCGAAGGGCCAGCUGAGUAAUUGCGGCCACGAGCGGAGUCUGCUCUGGGACGCCGCUGUGUCGGCGUCGGGGAGGCGUGAGGAGGAGCCGGGCGUCUGCAGCCGUUCUCACCCUCGGCGCCCCGCCGCCAUCUCCACCAUGCAGUCCCGGGAAGACGCCCCGUGCUCUCGCCGCCUCGCCAGUCCCCGCGGCGGCAGGCGGCCCAAGAGGAUUUCCAAGCCCUCGGUGUCGGCCUUCUUCACGGGCCCGGAGGAAUUGAAGGACACGGCCCACUCCGCAGCCCUCCUGGCCCAGCUCAAGUCUUUCUACGACGCGCGGCUGCUGUGCGAUGUGACCAUCGAGGUGGUGACUCCCGGCAGCGGGCCUGGCACGGGGCGCCUGUUCUCGUGCAACCGCAACGUGCUGGCCGCGGCGUGUCCCUACUUCAAGAGCAUGUUCACCGGCGGCAUGUACGAGAGCCAGCAGGCCAGCGUGACCAUCCACGACGUGGAUGCCGAGUCCUUCGAGGUCCUGGUGGACUACUGCUACACCGGCCGCGUGUCCCUCAGUGAGGCCAACGUGCAGCGGCUGUACGCGGCCUCAGACAUGCUCCAGCUGGAGUAUGUACGCGAAGCCUGUGCUUCCUUCCUGGCUCGCCGCCUUGACCUGACCAACUGCACUGCCAUCCUCAAGUUCGCUGAUGCCUUUGACCAUCACAAGCUGCGGUCUCAGGCGCAGUCCUUCAUAGCUCACAACUUCAAGCAGCUCAGCAGGAUGGGCUCCAUCCGGGAGGAGACGCUGGCAGACCUGACCCUGGCCCAGCUGCAGGCCGUCCUGCGCCUAGACAGCCUGGACGUGGAGAGUGAGAAGACUGUGUGUCACGUGGCGGUGCAGUGGCUCGAGGCUGCUCCCAAAGAGCGGGGCCCCAGUGCCGCGGAAGUCUUCAAGUGUGUUCGCUGGGCACACUUCCCCGCAGAAGAUCAGGACUACUUGGGAGGGCUACUCAACAAGCCUAUUGUGAAGAAAUACUGCCUGGACCUAAUUGAAGGGGCCCUCCUGCAGCAGCGUUUUGGUGAUAGGUUGUACAAGUCAGUGGUGUCCAAGCCAAAUAGCAGCCACAACAGCAGCAACACCAAUAGUGGCAGCAGCAAUAGCGUUGCCACCAGUAGCUCUGUUGUACCUGUAGCAGAAAAUCCACCCCAAAGGUUGGGUAUGUGUGCUAAAGAGAUGGUAAUCUUUUUCGGACACACCAGAGAUCCUUUUCUCUGCUAUGACCCAUAUUCAGGAGAUAUUUACACAAUGCCAUCUCCUUUGACCAGCUUGGCACACACUAAGACCAUUACAUCCUCAGCUGUUUGUGUCUCUCCAGACCAUGACAUCUAUCUUGCUGCCCAGCCCAGGAAAGACCUAUGGGUGUAUAAACCAGCCCAAAAUAGUUGGUAUCAACUGGCAGACCGAUUGCUGUGCCGAGAGGGCAUGGAUGUGGCAUAUCUGAAUGGCUACAUUUACAUCUUGGGUGGGAGAGACCCGAUUACUGGAGGUAAACUGAAGGAAGUGGAAUGCUACAGUGUUCAGAGGAACCAGUGGGCUCUGGUGGCUCCUGUACCCCAUUCCUUCUAUUCAUUUGAACUGAUAGUGGUCCAGAACUACCUUUACGCUGUCAACAGUAAGCGCAUGCUCUGCUAUGAUCCCAGCCACAAUAUGUGGCUGAAUUGUGCAUCUCUCAAGCGAAGUGACUUUCAGGAAGCCUGUGUCUUCAAAGAUGAAAUCUAUUGUAUCUGUGACAUCCCAGUCAUGAAGGUCUACAACCCAGCCAGAGGAGAGUGGAGGCGGAUUAGUAAUAUCCCAUUGGACUCAGAAACCCACAACUACCAGAUUGUCAAUCAUGACCAAAAGUUGCUGCUCAUUACUUCUACCACCCCACAAUGGAAAAAGAACCGUGUGACAGUGUAUGAGUACGAUACUAGGGAAGACCAAUGGAUUAAUAUAGGUACCAUGUUAGGCCUUUUGCAGUUUGACUCUGGCUUUAUUUGCCUGUGUGCUCGAGUUUAUCCUUCCUGUCUUGAACCUGGUCAGAGUUUCAUCACUGAGGAAGAUGAUGCAAGGAGUGAGUCUAGCACUGAAUGGGACUUAGACGGAUUCAGUGAACUGGACUCUGAGUCAGGAAGUUCAAGUUCUUUUUCUGAUGAUGAAGUCUGGGUCCAGGUUGCACCUCAGCGAAAUGCACCAGAUCAGCAGGGUUCUUUGUAAAUAUUUUGAGACAAUAAGAUGUUUCUACUGUAUGGAAUGUAUCUUAAUAUGACACCCCUUUUCCUGAAGAAGACAAAGUUGAUUAGGACUGGAGAUUUGGUUUAGAAAGGGUAGCAAUUUGAAAUAGUAAUACAAUAGACAAAAUUUAUACAGUCCCUGAAAUCAGCUUAUUUCAAUAAUUUACUGUGCUAAAAAUCCAUUAUUAAAAUAUGCAUAGUGAACUACAUAAAUUGAUUAAGGUGUUUAGUGGAUUUUGUUUUGCUGUUAAUUAGUAUGUUUAUUGAUUUUCCUAAUUUAGUUAAAUUUUGCCUAGUGCUACAAGAUCUUGUAAUUUGUUACUAGGAAAACUGGACUGAGAAUUGUUGGAUUUUGAAGGUGUUAACAUUUUCCUUCAGAAUAAUGAAAGAUUACAUUUUAAAGUAAGUUUUUACUAUUCUCGUAGCUUGUUAAAAUCUAGUGUGCUUGUCUUUCUUUCUCCAAAGAAAAAAUAUUAAGGUUACUAAGUAGUGAUUCCAUGUUGAUAAUGUGUUCAGUGGGCUUACAAGGUCACAGAAAAUUUAUAAAUCAGGAUUCCACUGUUUACAAAGAAUUUCAGUUUUUACUUUAGAAUUUAGAAAUGUGUAAUGUGCUAAAUAUGACCCAUUUCUUACCUUGGGAGAAAAAAAAAACAUUCUAGUAGUGUCACCAAUUACUUAAGCACCCUUCUAAACCAAAACAUGAAAAAGGUAAUUUGCUUUAUAAAUUCACAGUCUCAAUCUGUACAUGUUAAAUGCUUUGUUGACUCAGAGGAAUAACCCUUUUCUUCACUGGACAUAAUUAAAUAAUGUAAAUUUUUCUUCAUUGGUCAUGCACUGUCUUAAAAAAGGUUGCCUCCCUAAAAUAUUUUGGCUAUAUAGUUUUAGUAUUCAUCUUAGGGGUUUUAUCAGCAGAAAGUGAUUUAUUCUUUAAUGUUUUGUGAAGUAAUAUUGGCUUUGAAAAUAUGUAUAAGCUAAAGGCAGUAUUUUGAGAUCAGUAGUUAUAGUGUUUAUCAACUCAAGUUAAGUGCCAGCAAAGAACUUUAAAACUUCAAGCUUUGUAUAGAACUGUUUUGUGUAAUAUUUAACAGGUUUUUUUUUUUAAGUUACUGUGAAAGUUCUUGAUUUUCGGCUUGAAGAUAUUUUUGUAUUAAAAGUUGACUGUUAAGGAACUUAAGUGGAUGGUGGGUGGCAUUUGGGGCCAGUAGUUAAAGUAUGUUUUUUCAAUUCUUACUCUAAUCGGUGGUACACAUGCCAUUUUAUUAUGGUGUCUGUAUCCAGUUUGUAUUUCUCUGUUACACUCCAGUUUCUGUUUCACUCACCAUAUAUAUAUAUAUAUAUAUAUAUAUAUAAAGUCCAGAAAGAGGAAAUCACACAAAACUGGCAUUGUUACGUUAUAGGUGCUUACCUUUUGAAGGUUUAUUAAUACAUAUGGUUGUCAUAAUGCGUAUAUAUGACAAAUGGUGUACAUAUACAGAUGUUUUAUGCUAUAUAAAGUUUUCUAUACUCUUUUAGAAUUAUCUUCCUGCAUCUUUAUUCAAUAACAUGCAAAUUCCUCAUUAUUCUCUAGUAACAACAUGCUUUUUUUACACUCUGGUAGAGGACCAAAGAAUCUGGUCCAGGAUGGGGAAGUGACUUUUUGAAUUAGAAGAAAUGAAAAAUAAAAUGACAAAAGCAAAACAAAAUAGCAUGGAUAGUGUAUUAUUCAUCAUUUUGAUUGGCUGUAUUAAGUCUGUAAAACAUCUAGCUCAACAGUAUUUCUGUUGAAGUGGGUUUACUGACUCUUAAGAUUGUCAGGCCUAAGUCUAAAUUCUGUACCAGGAAUGUUAUAAAAACUACUCUUUACUUAGCCAUUUUUUUCCCUGUUUGGGGGCCAACUUUCUCUUCCCCAUUAACUUAUGUUGACAGCUUUUUGUUUUGUAAGAUGGAAACUUGGUGAUGCUGGUCUCAGCCAGAUUAUUUAUCUGCACAAUUAAGGCCUGCAACUGAUUUAUAAAAGACAUAUUCUCAAAUUCAUCAUUCCCAACUCUUGAGUUAAAGCUUAGGCUACAUAUUAGUAAUAUCUUGGCUUACUGACACAUUUUCUUGUGAAGGAUUUUGAUUUUGUGAAACAUUUGUGAAUUAGGGAGUAGAUGCUAUUAUUUUAUAGAUAAAUGAUUUGUGUGUUGCUUGUUAAAAUAAAGGUGGCUUUAAACCA